UGGAAAGUGUGACUGUGGGAAAUGCAAAUGUGAUGAAGGCUGGUAUGGUGAAGCUUGUCAGUACCCAACUACUUGUAACCUUACACGGAAGAAAAGCAAUGAAAUGUGUAAAAAUUCUCAAGAUAUUAUCUGUUCUAAUGCAGGUGUAUGUCAGUGUGGCAGAUGUAAGUGUGAGAAUUCAGAAGGGAAUGGACUGAUCUAUGGUAAAUUUUGUGAGUGUGAUGACCGAGAAUGCAUAGAUGAUGAAAUAGAAGAAAUCUGUACAGGCCAUGGAAAGUGUUACUGUGGAAACUGUUACUGUGAGGCUGGUUGGCAUGGAGAUAAAUGUGAAUUCCAGUGUGACAUCACCCCAUGGGAGAUCAAGAAAAGAUGCACAUCUCCAGAUGGCAAAAUCUGCAGCAACAGAGGCACAUGUAUAUGUGGUGAAUGCACAUGCCAUGAUGUGGACCCAACUGGUGACUGGGGAGAUAUUCAUGGAGAUACCUGUGAGUGUGAUGAAAGAAACUGCAAGGCAGUAUAUGACAGAUAUUCUGAUGACUUCUGUUCAGGUCAUGGACAGUGUAAUUGUGGAAGAUGUGAUUGUAAAGAAGGUUGGACCGGAAAAAAGUGUGAACAUCCACGUUCUUGUCCAUUGUCAGCUGAAGACAGCUCUAAGAAAUGCCAAGGAAACUCUAAUUUACCUUGCUCUGGAAGAGGGAAAUGUGACUGUGGCCAAUGCACUUGUUUCCCUCCGGGAGAUAACAGAGUUCAUGGUAAAACCUGUGAAUGUGAUGAUCGACAAUGUGAAGAUAUGGAUGGCAUUGUCUGUGGGGGCCGUGGCCUCUGUUCUUGCGGGCGAUGCAUUUGUGAGGACGGAUGGUUUGGAAAGUUGUGUCAACAUCCAAGAAAGUGCAAUAUGACAGAAGAUGAGAGCAAAAGCUUUUGUGAAUCAGCCAACGGCGUAUUGUGCUCAGGAAAGGGUUCCUGUCACUGUGGAAAGUGCAUAUGUUCACCCCAGGAGUGGUACAUUUCAGGGGAAUUUUGUGAAUGUGAUGACCGAGACUGUGACAAACAUGAUGGUCUCAUUUGCACAGGCAAUGGUGUAUGUAGCUGUGGAAAUUGUGAAUGCUGGGAAGGAUGGAAUGGGAAUGCUUGUGAAAUCUGGCUUGGGACAGAAUACCCUUAAUGAGAAUAUGGAGCACCAAGGACUGAUGGGUUUGGUUUGGUUUUUUUAGGCUGCUAGAGCAAUUAAAUGAAAGGCAAAACACAUAGAAUAACCACUACAAAUAUUCAAACAGACUAAUGUAAGCUUCUGUAUUUCAUAAUCAACUGCAGGCCUACUUCUGCUCUUAGUAAAAUCAUUUGCAAUACUCCCAUUGACUUCAGUGGGAGUUGGACUGACCUUAAAAGUCUUAGGCUGUGUCUACACUGGCGUGUUCUUGUGC